AACGCCGGUCGACGCCGGCCGAGAGCAAGCGUGAUUGACGUUUACGUCUGUGACGCCUGGAAGCGCGAGGACGUGAGUUUUCGAGAGUGCGCAGUGGGUGCGUCAGCUGCGACCCUUCGGCCUUUUUCGGGAGGGGGCGACGCUGAGAUGGGGGCGGCGGCGGCGGAAGCAGACCGUACUCUUUUUGUGGGCAACUUAGAAACUAAAGUGACAGAGGAGCUCCUUUUCGAGCUUUUCCACCAGGCUGGGCCAGUAAUAAAAGUGAAAAUUCCAAAAGAUAAGGAUGGUAAACCAAAGCAGUUUGCAUUUGUGAAUUUCAAACAUGAAGUAUCUGUUCCUUAUGCAAUGAAUCUACUUAAUGGAAUCAAACUUUUUGGAAGGCCUAUCAAAAUUCAGUUUAGAUCAGGAAGUAGCCAUGCCUCACAGGACGUUAGUUUGACAUAUUCCCAGCAUCAUGUUGGAAAUGCAAGCCCUACCUCCACAUCUCCUAGCAGGUUCGAAAGGAUGGUGGAUAACAUGACUCCUCCUUCACAGAUAAUUCAGAGAUCUUUCUCUUCGCCAGAAAAUUUUCAGAGACAAGCAGUGAUGAAUAGUGUUUUAAGACAGAUGUCAUAUGGCGGGAAAUUUGGCUCUCCACAUCUUGAUCAGUCAGGAUUUUCACCAUCAGCUCAGACCCAUAAUCACACUUUUAACCAGUCUUCAAGCUCCCAGUGGCGUCAAGAUACACCAUCGUCACAGCGUAAAGUCAGACAGGCUUCGCAUCCCUAUAUAGCAGAUAGACAUUACAGCCGUGAGCAGCGCUACUCUGAUCACGGGUCUGACCACCAUUACAGAGGAAACAGAGAUGAUUUCUUCUAUGAAGAUAGGAAUCAAGAGGGCUGGAAACAUGACCAUGAUAACAGAAGGGACGGUAGUAGGCCUGGAAAAUGGCACUCAUCUCGAAACUAACAAGUGUUCAGAGGACAUUGUUUUUAUAGGGUCAUCCCAGGCCCUUUUGACUAAGCUGGUCUGGGAAUGUUUUGUUAAAACUAUACAGAGCAGUUUUACAAGUUGCUACAUUUCUUUAUAAAAUUUUUAAAAUCUAUAGCUACAGUCUAAUACAGAAAUGAGAAGAAUUGUGGUUCCAGUUAUUACAUUAAUAACCUUACACCUCAGGGUUUCAUGAAGAGGAAAGGGAUUUAUGCCACAGAAAGUGCCCCAAUUUCUAGUCAUUUUCGACAAUUGAGGAAUGGGUGUAUUAUAUAAAUUGGUUGUAUUAUAGAGCAAAUAUUUUAAUUAUCUGUUAUGUAUUGUAUUGCAAGAACCUGCUUAUUAGUAAAUCACAUUCUAUGUAUAUAUAGAAAACGCUCAAGUUGAUAGUCUAAAAUACAAUAGUAUUUUGUUAAUAAAAGAGAAAAUGUAAUUUCAGUGGUUCAUGUUAAUAACAUUUGAUUUGAGAAGGUUUAUUGGUAAAUUUUGGGGAUAAGUCAUAUUGUUUAACCUCUGAGAGAAUGUAAGUUAAGUUCUGUGAAAUACUUUUUGAGUUUUAUACUAAUUGGACAUACAAGUGUAAAUUUACACAUGCUGUUUCAUUCUAAAAUUUUAGAAUUUCCUCAUUAAAUCAUGUUUGACUGAAUGACUGCAGUCACUCAGGAAGUUAAAUGUCUCUAAAUGUAUUUUUUUAUAUAAAAAAUACAGUGUUAGUGGAAAUUCCCCUUUGCAGGAAGAAAAAAAAUGAAAAUGUGCAGUGAGAGAAAAUGGUAAAUUGGUUUACUGAAAGUGUACUUAUUCAGGAAAGGAUUCACAAAACCUGUAAGUCUUGCCUCUGUCAUUUAGACUUUAAAAAUUUACAAUUUUCAAAGCACCCAGGCUGUGUGUACAUGGAUACAUUUUAUUAUGGGGAUUGUACAUGUUUUUUUGUUUGAACAUUUGAAAAAGUUUAGUUUUAAACACUUCUAGAUGUAAAAAAUUUUAAAUCUUGUUUAAAAAACUUUUAUGUAUCAAGAUAAUAUUUCCCUUUAAUUAUAGAACUUGUUUAUAAAAAUUUCUUGAAAUAUUUGGAUUCUUUUUAAUAACUACAGCAUUUGUACUAUGUUACUUUUUAAUAUAUUGAAAGCAAAAGGAA